CUCUCCUCUCUCCUCUCUCUUCUCUAUACUCUCACUCUCUCUUUCAUGCUUUAGUGCGUUUCGCUUUCUCUAUCGUAACGUUCUUUGUACCUAACCUUCAGGCCGCCAUUUUUAAUCUUUUAGCCAGAUUCAGUCUUCUUGUUUUUGGGGUUUUUAUUUAUAUAUUUAUUCUGGGUUUCAAUCCCAUCUCUUCUCUGUUUAAUGGUGGAUUCGAUUGGGUACUGAGACUAAAUAAAGUUGCAGAGAAAAAUGGGGGAAAACACAACUCUUCUCUGUGUUCCUUUGAUUUCUCACAAUGUUGAGGACAUGCUGGUUCAAAUGAAUCGUGCUAAGGCUAGUGGUGCUGACCUUGUUGAGAUCAGAUUGGACCAUCUCGAGGCCUUUCGACCUUCUGAAGAUCUGCAACGCCUUUUAAGUGAUAGGCCGUUGCCUGCACUUGUCACAUACAGGCCAAAAUGGGAGGGUGGGGAGUAUGAAGGUGAUGAUCAUACCCGAUUGGAUGUACUUCGCCUAGCCAUGGAGAUGGGUGCAGAUUAUAUUGAUGUGGAGCUUCAGGUUGCACAUGACUUCAUGAGUUCCAUGUCAGAAAAGAAGCCUGAGAGCUCAAAGGUUAUAGUUUCUUCCCACAACUACCAAAUUACUCCAUCCCUAGAAGAACUUGGCAACCUCGUUGCAAGGAUACAAGCUACUGGAGCUGACAUUGUCAAGAUUGCAACAACUGCCACAAACAUAAUAGAUGUGGCACGCAUGUUCCAUAUACUAGUGCAUUGUCAGGUCCCUAUUAUAGGUUUGGUCAUGAGAGAGAGAGGGUGGAUCUCUCGGAUCCUUUGCCCCAAGUUCGGCGGAUAUCUUACUUUUGGUACUCUUGAAGCUGGAAAAGAGUCAGCUCCCGGGCAACUAACAAUGAAAGAAUUGUUGAAUGUAUACAAUAUUAGACAGAUUGGCAGAGAUACAAAAGUUUAUGGAAUCAUUGGUAAUCCUGUCGGCCACAGCAAAGGACCGAUUUUACACAAUGAAGCAUUUACGUCUGUUGGUUUGAAUGCUGUCUAUGUGCCUUUCUUGGUGGAUAACCUUAGGGAAUUCCUCCAUGUCUACUCAUCACCAGAUUUUUCUGGUUUUAGCUGUACAAUACCUCAUAAGGAGGCUGCUGUUGAAUGUUGUGAUGAAGUUGAUCCAGUUGCCAAGUCUAUUGGUGCGGUAAAUACAAUCGUCCGAAGAAAGAGUGAUGGAAAGUUGGUUGGAUACAACACAGACUAUCAAGGGGCUAUAUCUGCCAUUGAGGAUGGGAUGAGAGGUUCCUAUGGUGCAACAGAUAAAAUAGGGUCACCUCUUGCUGGUAAACUAUUUGUGGUCAUUGGAGCGGGUGGUGCUGGUAAGGCACUUGCUUUUGGUGCCAAGGGAAAGGGAGCAAGAAUAGUCAUUGCCAACCGUAGUUAUGAUCGGGCAAAAGCUCUUGCAAGUUUAGUUGGAGGAGAAGCUAUAUCUCUUGGUGAUUUGGAGAGCUUUCAUCCUGACGAAGGGAUGAUACUUGCAAAUUCAACAUCCAUAGGGAUGCAUCCAAACAUUGACGAGACACCGAUAUCAAAGCAAGCACUGAAAUCUUAUAGCGUGGUUUUCGAUGCGGUUUACACUCCGAAAGUCACUAGGCUCUUGACAGAAGCUGAGGAAGUUGGAGCCACUGUUGUGAGUGGGUUAGAGAUGUUCAUUAGGCAGGCAAUGGGACAAUUUGAGCUCUUCACUGGUUUACGAGCCCCCGAGAAGGUGAUGCGAGAGGCCGUGAUGAGAAACAUUUAAAAAGGGAUCGAUUCGCAUGCCCAAAGUGGCAUUGAAGAAAAUCUCGUUGAUUUUUUUUUUUAUUUCCUUUGCUUUAUUACUGAAUGGAUGUAUUGAUUGAUUCCAGUCGGCAAAGUCAUAUGCAUCGGCAUCUGUUCUGUAAUAACAAGAAACGUUGGCAUCGCUGCACAUUAAUUUUCAUGAGUAUUGUAGUAACAACGUGAGUCUGGAAUAAGCUCAAAUCCCGUUUCUGUUCAUAAUGGCAAAGUAUUUCCUUUUUUACUUUAA